CGAAUCCGGAUUUACAAGUGGAUCUUCGGAGACGACCAUUUGUGGUUCCCCAGGAUCGCGGUACAAUGUUUGUGGUCGGGGGUCCUCCUCCAAUUCCUCACAUCACCCGUAGGAUGAACUAGGCCGCUGAAUUGGGGUAUAUAGUCGUCUGUUCCUCCCAAGAUCCUCAGAAGCACUCACUAAACCCUCAGUUCACCAGAAAGCUUCUCUCUCACCUCACCAGGACACGAUGGCCGCCGCUACCGCCUGUGCCUCCUCCACCUUCGCUGGUCAGGCUCUCGGAGCCUCCAGCAAUGCCCUCGCUGCCAAGGUCAACGUUGGUGAGGCUCGCGUGGUGAUGCGCAAGACCGUGAAGAGCACUCCCACCAGCAUCUGGUACGGUGAGGACCGACCCAAGUACUUGGGCCCAUUCUCCGGCGCCACCCCAAGCUACUUGACCGGUGAAUUCCCCGGUGACUACGGCUGGGACACCGCUGGACUCUCUGCUGACCCAGAGACCUUCGCCAAGAACCGUGAAUUGGAGGUGAUCCACGCCCGAUGGGCCAUGUUGGGAGCUUUGGGAUGCGUCUUCCCCGAGCUUUUGAGCAAGAACGGUGUCUCCUUCGGAGAGGCAGUGUGGUUCAAGGCCGGAUCUCAAAUCUUCGCUGAGGGAGGUUUGGACUACCUCGGCAACUCGAGCCUCAUCCACGCUCAGAGCAUUCUGGCCAUCUGGGCCUGCCAGGUCGUGCUCAUGGGAGCCAUCGAGGGAUACAGAGUGGCAGGAGGACCCUUGGGUGAUGUUGUCGACCCAAUCUACCCCGGAGGCUCAUUCGACCCCCUGAACUUGGCUGAGGACCCAGACACCUUCGCCGAGCUGAAGGUGAAGGAGCUGAAGAACGGAAGGUUGGCGAUGUUCUCCAUGUUCGGAUUCUUCGUCCAGGCCAUCGUCACCGGAAAGGGACCCAUCGAGAACUUGUCCGACCACUUGGCUGACCCCGUUGCCAACAACGCCUGGGCUUACGCCACCAACUUCACCCCCGGAAACUAGAGAUGUCUUGAUCACAGAUUUGAUUGGGUACUCCUGUACAAUAUCGAGUCGCAUCCACUAUGGCCAUUCUUUGAUUAAAAUUAAUCUAUUAGUGUAUAUUUUGCCCGCUGUGUGGAGGCGAACCAUUUUGUGUAUCUGUUCCCGAGGCGGAGAGCCUUUGAUCGCUUGAUCAAAUUUAUAAAAUUUAUGAAAGCGAAACUUGCCGUACGACUUCAUGUCACCUGUGCAUUACUACGAAGGAGGAGAUUACGUGGAAAUUGUGCUUGUGAAUCCUAUCAUGUUUUGAACCUCUGAGAGACGCAACUUGUUCGUUCAGGAUCAGUCAAACAUGAAGUUCAGGAGAGUAAAAUAACCGGAGGAAAAGAAGAGCAUAGAAAAAGGCAAGCAGAGAAAAUGCACUAAUAAAUGGAAGGAAAAAACAUAAAAAGAAGCGCACUAACACGU